AUGACAAUGUCUGGAAAAUCAUCUAAUUUUGCUUGCUUCUUUGAUGUUGAUGGUGUUAUAACUAAAGGACCAAAUGUUAUUCCUGCUGCUAAAGUAGCUCUACAAGAAUUGGUUCAAUGUAAUGUUCCGUAUGUAUUUGUUUCCAAUACAUGUAUGUUAGAAUCAGAAAAAGCUAAACAAUUAUCUGAGAUGCUUGAAGUCCCUGUACUUGCAGAACAAGUUGUUUUGGCUCAUACACCUAUGCGUUGUUUAACUGAAUAUCAUAGUAAACAUGUAUUGAUAUGUGGACAAGGUCGAAUUGAAGAAAUCGCACGAGUAGUUGGUUUUAAAGAUACAACAACUAUUGAACGAUUAUGUAACACUUUUCCUGAAUUAGAUAUGGUUGAUCAUACACAUCGAACAAACUUAAGUGAAUUGAUCAAAACACAAGGUCUUGUUCAUGGUAAAGAUUUUCGUCCAAUUGAAGCUAUUGUACUUCUUGGUGAACCAAUUCAUUGGGAACAAUCGUUACAAAUAAUUACAGAUAUUCUUUUAACUCAUGGCAAUCCAAAUAUUACAUCAAAUUCUUCUAAUAUUGGUGAUCAUAUACCGAUAAUUGCAUGCAAUAAAGAUUUAGUAUUUAAAGCUGUUGCUGAUUUGCCACGUUUUGGUCAUGGAGCAUUUUUAACAUGUCUUGAAGCAUUGUAUAAAAAACUCAGUGGUAAUGAUCUAAGGUAUACUGCACUUGUUGGUAAACCAUAUGAAAUUUCAUUUCAAUAUGCUGAAAUGAUGGCUAAUAAAUUAGCUCGUAGUAAAGGUCAACCAAAAAUUGAACGAAUGUAUUUUAUUGGAGAUAAUCCUGAAGUAGAUAUUGUGGGUGCUAAUAUUUAUAAUGCCUUUCUUGAAAGUGCAAAAGCAUCUAACAAUAGUUGUACAGGCUCUGGACUUUUGUCUCAUCCACGUUUAUUAAGUGCAAAAUUAUGUGAAUCAAUUCUAGUUUGUACUGGUGUAUAUGAUCCAAGUAUACAUACGCUUAAUCCAAAACAACCAUGGUCAAUUCCAACAACAAUUCAAAAGGAUGCAUCAGAUGCUGUUACUUAUAUUUUAAAUAAAGAAAAUUUUAUAUCGAAUUUUCGUGUGUAA